AUGGCCUCCAACAAACCAAUAGUCGGUUCCAUUGUCGAACGAAAACCGAGCUCGAAACCUACAGGGCAAAAACCAGGGUUUGGAGGAGGACCUAGUGGGUUUCCUAGUGUUCAACAUCGAUCGAAGAGUGCAUUCGCUCGUAACCGAGAAGAGGCUCAGAGAAGGAACGCUGCAGGUGGUGUGAAUGGGCGGCCCACUGGCCCACCGACCGUUACAGCUUCGACAUCGAGUUCAACAGCAUCUUCAACAGCAGGUCCCACCCCGAGUACGAAACCACAGCCGUCACCCUCCGGUUUCUCUCUUGCAAACGACCACGCACCACCAAAGGACGAUAUCGCGAUUAUGAGAGAGCAUAUCAGUCAGGAGAACGAGAAGAUUAUUGCUGGGAUGAGUCCUGAGGAGAUCGAGGAGGAGCGAAGGCAGAUCAUAGCACGGUUUGGGACUGGGAUUGGUGGGGUAUUGGAGAAGGCCAAGAAGAAUAGAAUGAAGCGGGAGCAGGAGACCAAGUUUGUUGGGUCGUCGCAUCGUCGAGGAGCCCUGCCCCCGCUACCGCCUGAAACACCAGAGGAGCUACGGGAGUUGUCUGAAGUACCCAUCACUCCAGAAGGACCCAAACCAACAGAGAGAGCCCGGUCGCCCCCACCUCCAGCGUUAUCGGCAGCCAGUAGCCGGCCCUCCAGUCGAGCAGAUAGACGCCUUCGUUUUGCGGAACUGGAGCCCAAGGAUGUGUAUGUCUACGAAUCAAGCCCUCCUACACCCAAGAAACCCGUGCUUGCCCUGCCUCCCCCGUCAGACAAGCGCGACCCAACCGUGGUUUCACUAGGAAAAUGGCAUGGAAAUAUGGCAUAUCCACCGCAACCAAUGGCCGUCCCUGAUUCAUCUGAACCGAAGAAAGAGCAUGCACCCAACAAUACUGAGGAAAAGGAACCAGAAGAGGGCACCCCAGAGUACAUCCGACGUCGCUACUUCCCUCAAGUCCCUGCCUCCGAUCCCAGUAUCGAAUGGAUGAUGGCUAAGUCUGACGAUUCAACCAACGACUCAUCCAUCCGCUUCGACCUCCAAGGUGCACCCAUCCCACCCGACCUGAGAUCCAAAUUACCCACCCACCUUGGCCUCCACCAUCACGCCGAAGGAUCGCACGCAGGUUACACUCUCGACGACAUCUUCCUGCUUUCCAGGUCGACUGUGCCUGCGCAGAGGGCUGCCAUGUUUACCGUUAUUUCAGGGAUCUGCGAGAGGCUCUGUAAGAUGGCGCACGGGCAAUCGGUACCGGGCCUGGAGGAACUGAAAGGGAAGGAAGAGGAAUUGAGGAAGAGGAUAGCAGCUGCUGGCGUAGAAGCUAUGAAUGAGAAGGGAAGCGUGGGUUUGCAAGCGAUUGAGGUCGUUUGGCGCUCGGUCGCCGAUUGGGACAAGGAAUUAGUUGCUGUCGGGUUGGAUGGGGUCCAGUUGGAGGCGUCUGCAGACGAAACAAUCCAAUCCCUCCCUCUGGAUUUCAUUCUGCCUUCCAUCUCCACGGCCUUCAACCUGUAUGGCGAAGCGUAUCCACCUGCAACACUCAAGCAGCUUCUUCAGGUUGUUCAACGGCUAGCACUGCAAAACACCAACACAGCAACCAAAAUUGUGGAAACUGACAAACUGGUCCUGGGCAUAGGUCGUUGCUUCCUUCUUUCGCCGACCCUUUCAGAUCGUGGAUCGGUUCCGGACCCGUCAGCCAUAAACCUCCUGACGUCCUUGGUUCGCACAUCCCGCCAAGCAGCAGAAACCAUUUCCAAAGCGUUGGCCGACGACCUCCUUCGAUUCAUCGUUUCUCUGCCGACCUCGUCAAUGUUGAAGCCCUCACUAGCAACCGCUCUGGUCGCUUCGACUCUCGACUUCUAUGCCGCACUGGGGAUGUAUGGGUUGUACACCUGUGUUGCCAGUACAGCCAUGGAACAGUUCAAUAACCUCAGUCGGUACAUCCUGUCCCUUGAACCCGAAUCCAGUCCUCUUCUCGGGCCAUGGUUGAACCUGACGCAAGUCUGGACUAUAUGCGCUAUCGAACCUCACAACACCUCUCCACCUCACGACAUCCUCUGGAGCCGCGUCUCUGCGUGGGGAUGGCAAAUGGAUAUUAUGCAGAUGAUGGAUAAGCUCGAGCUCGAGACGGUUGACCGGUGGAAGGUGUGGGGUGAUUUGUUGGGGACUUUAGCCGCGUGGAUGGAAGGGGCGAAAGUUAACGGUGUUCGAGGCGGAGAAACGGAACGAAGCGAGCUGCUGGCAGUGGUUAAGCCCGCCUUUGUUAGCGGUUCUGGGGAGCAAUGGACACUCGUUAACAAGUGUAUUGACUACCUUCAAUCCGCCCUGUCGCAACCAAGCCCUUCAAUUGCGGACUCUCGGACCAGCGCUGGCGUCGCACGCGUUCUCUCGAAUGCGAUACGACUUUGGCUUUCUUGCCUUCCACCUCGCCUAGAAGGUCCUCCCGAAGCGCCUCCCUUCGAUCUUCCCUUUGCACGCAUCUCAACAUUGGUCGCAUCUCUCUUGACCAAUCCCAUGUGGACAGCGGCCACCUCCGCCUUGGACGAUCGGGAGCGUCGGUAUGCAAUUGUUUACCUACGGGACUUUGCAUCGCUUUCGGGCUGGUACCUUCGCCUGUCACGAAGAUUGCCGGAUACAUCACAAGGACUGUGGCUCGCCCAAGCCUUCUCGAUCGUGCUGCGAUGCCUUCCCGGCGAUGAAGAAUUCACAUUGAAUACGAUCGACAGCAUCCUCUCCCUCAUUCCCGAAAUCAAUCCGGCUAUCUUGGAGCCCUUCAUGGAAGACGCCGUAUUGCCACGAGAGAAGGUCGAAACAGGCGACGAAGACGAUCAGGCGGUCGAAGUCGUCGAAUCUAGACCCCGGUUGAGCCCUAUUACCCCGACACCCACAUCGAUAACCACAUCCACGGUUUUGGUGAUGCCUUCGCCAUUCAUUAAGCACCAUUCGAACAAGAAGCUGUCCGGUCUCCCCUUGCAAACUGAUUGGAUGUUGGGUCCGUUGAAUGACCUGAUUCAUUCAGGCGAGUCCCCGGUGUUCCGACACCUGCCUCGAGGAUGGGACUUUUCGGAAUUGGAUGUGACCCGCGCUACCUUGGCGCUGGCGCUUAAAGCGCGACAGAUCCUCUCGGAAUGGAAGCUUUUCUCGUUUGUCCUCAAGCGUGGGGAAGCUAUUCUCGGGUGUAUGAAGGUCUUUAUGCUGGAGCAUGGGCUUGUUCAAGAUACGCAGAAGACUUCAGAAGGAGAGGUGUUCAGAGACAAGAUCGUCGAGGAGUUGAUGGUAAAGCUUAUUGACCCGUAUCGCGUCGGGGCACCGAGUAAUUUGGCACAGUUGGAUUCUGGGAAAGUCGAAGACCUGGAGAAACUCGCCUCUUCGAUCCUGGGCCCGUCAACUCCAUUUUAUCAGUUCUACACCGACUUCAUCGGGCUCUAUGACGCCAUAUCCUUCUCACAUCCUAUGUUCGGCCUGCUCCUUCUACCACCAAUCUCCAUGCGCUACGCCGUCGACUAUCGAAGACUGUUUUGGAACGACUACUCCCAUACGCUUCGGACGAUUACUGUCUACCCAAACCAGGUCGUUGCGGCGGAUCUGCGAGAGUAUCUUUAUCCAGUGGAGAACGACGCGCAGGUGAUUGGAGGUUACUUGAGCGCGGUGCUGAAGAGGAGUGCCAAGGAGUUCUUACGAUGGGUCGCUCUUCACCAUGUGGCUUCAAACAUUUGGGUGGACCUGCGCGACGAAAAGGAAGAUGGGCCAUUCAACCAGGACCGGGCGGUGAAGCUUUUGCAGGCGAUAGUAGCGCAAGGCGAUGUGGAUACCAUUGCCGGUGUCGUCAAGUACAAACAGCCUCCUCGUCACGAAAAGGCGAAGUUGCCACAGGAUUGCGGCCAGCCAGAGGCUGAUGUUUUGUCAUCGAGAAAAGUUUGGGUCCAGAAGAGCCUGGGAGACGGGUAUACAAAAAAGAUAGAAGGAUUAUUGUAA